GGAUGAAGGAGAAGGGGGGGGACGGGGGGGGUUGGUGUUGCAGAUCCCCUCUCCCCCACUGCUGCACCCGCAGCAGGGGGAGGUAGGAGAAGGGGGGGGCGGGGGGGGCUGGUGCUGCAGAUCCCCUCCCCCCCACUGCUGCUCCACAAUCCUUCACCCCCCAGGGAUGGAGGAGGAAGGGGGGGUGGGGGGGGCUGGUGCUGCAGAUCCCCUCCUGCCUCCCCCUGAACCUCCAAGCUCCUCCCCCCCUCCCAACACAAGGAGAAGGGGGGGGACGGGGGGGGUUGGUGCUGCAGAUCCCCUCCCCCCCACUGCUGCACACGCAGCAGGGGGAGGUAGGAGAAGGGGGGGGGCGGGGGGGGCUGGUGCUGCAGAUCCCCUCCCCCCCACUGCUGCUCCACAAUCCUUCACCCCCCAAAAAUGGAGGAGAAAGGGGGGCUGGGGGGGGCUGGGCACCGGGGCCGCGGUUAGGGGCGGCAGGUCGCGAGGGGCCAUGGCUAGGGGCGACGGGGCCAUGGCUAGGGACGGGGCCGGGCGCUGGGCAGGUACGGGGCCGGGCGCUGGGCGCGGAAUGGGGCCGGGCGCAGGCUAG